UUUCAACAAAGGGUAAAUACUACAUGAGUUAUGGUAAUAAGGAAGUUUUGAAGGUAAUACUACUUGGAAAUGGGGGUGUUGGAAAAUCCUCGUUGAUGCGAAGAUAUGUCAACAAUAUAUUCGAGGAAAAGACUUUACAUACCAUUGGGGUAGAAUUCCUGAACAAGACUGUUGAUUUUAACAAUAAGACCUUCACAUUGCAGAUAUGGGACACUGGAGGCCAGGAGAGAUUCAAAAGUUUACGAACACCGUUCUACAGAGGAUCUGACAUCUGUAUUUUGGUUUUCGAUUUGAGUGACAGAGAAAGUUUUGUAGAAAUCGAUUACUGGUUGGAAGAGUUCAGAAAAUAUGCAGAACUGGACAGUGAAGACAACAGUUUCCCGUUUUUGUUGCUCGGCAACAAAGCAGAUCUCCCAUCGCGAGGGAUGGAAAAUAAUGAAAUCUACACCUGGUGCAAAAAUAACGGAGACAUGUCAUUUAUUGAGGCAUCUGCUAAAUUGGACCUUAAUGUUGAGACGGGUUUUAUGAUGAUGGUAGAGAAAGCUAUUGAAUAUGAGCACCAUCAACGUCGAAAUAAUACUGGACAGUUUAAGGAUACAAUAAAACUGGAAAAAGGCACUAAGGUGGAGAAGAAAAAAUGUUGUGCGAAAUAGCUUUUUGUGGCCUUGACAAUAAUUA